GCUUGCCGCCGGCGCCGCGGGUGCUGGGUUGUGGGCCAGCGAGCAGCACCCCUCUUGUAGCUAUGGAUUCUUCUAGAACUUCACAAAGCAAUUCCUGGAUUUUUCCCACAGUGAUCCUCUGCUUAUUUGGAUUUUUCUCCCUAAUGAGACCAUCAGAACCAUUCCUCAUUCCAUAUCUAUCUGGACCCAAUAAAAACCUGACCAGUACAGAGAUCACAAAUGAGAUCCUUCCUGUGUGGACUUACUCCUACCUGGCACUCCUGCUGCCCGUGUUUGUCCUCACCGACUACGUGCGCUACAAGCCGGUCAUCCUCCUACAAGGCCUUAGCUUCAUCGUCACCUGGCUGCUGCUCUUGUUUGGCCAAGGAGUAAGAGCCAUGCAGGCCGUCGAGUUCGUCUUCGGGAUCGUCUCGGCCACCGAGGUGGCCUACUACGCCUACAUAUACAGCGUGGUCAGCCCUGAGCACUACCAGCGGGUGAGCGGCUACUGCAGGAGCGUCACGCUGGUGGCCUACACAGCGGCCUCAGUGCUGGCCCAGCUCUUGGUGUCCUUGGCCAACCUGUCAUACUUUUACCUCAAUGUCAUGACCCUGGUCUCUGUCUCUGUGGCCUUCUUUUUCUCGCUUUUUCUACCAAUGCCUGAAAGGAGCAUGUUUUUCCAUGCAAAACCCAGCAAAGAAGGUCCUCCAAAGCCCCCGGGGAAGGAUGCCGGCCCUGGGGCGGCUCAGGAGGCUCAGGGAACAGCUCAGCAGGAAUCACGCAGCAUUCCUGGGAGUCUGGGGGCCGGCCCCCUGGGCAGCCCAAAGACUGGAAAUGUGCUUUCGAGGAACUUUGUGCAGUGGUUCCAAGAUCUGAAGGAGUGCUACUCCUCGGAGCGUCUUUCUUACUGGUCCCUGUGGUGGGCUCUUUCCACUGCAGGCUUUAAUCAAGUUGUGAAUUACGUUCAGAUCCUGUGGGAUUACAAAGCACCAUCCCAAGAUUCUUCCAUCUAUAACGGGGCAGUAGAAGCCAUUGCAACAUUCGGAGGGGCGCUGGCAGCCUUUGCAGUGGGCCAUGUGACAGUCGACUGGGACCUGCUGGGAGAGCUGGCCCUCGCAGUCUUCUCGGUCAUCAGUGCUGGUUCCCUGUUUCUCAUGCAUUACACACUCAGCAUCUGGCUGAGCUACGCGGGGUAUUUGAUAUUCAAGUCCAGCUACAUGCUUCUGAUAACCAUAGCAGUGUUUCAGAUUGCAGUUAACCUGAGUGUGGAGCGCUAUGCCCUGGUGUUUGGAAUAAACACCUUCAUUGCCUUGGUGAUUCAGACCAUCAUGACGAUGGUUGUCGUGGAUCCCAGAGGUCUCAACCUGGCAAUCAGCAUUCAGUUUCUAGUUUAUGGGUGUUAUUUUGCUGUCAUUGCUGGAAUUUUCCUAAUGAGAAGCAUAUACAUUCUCUACUCGCUCAAGUGCCAAAAAGAAAGACAAAGACUCCCUGCGGUUCCGAGUCCAGUUAAGUUCCACACAGAGGAGCCGUUCAACUCCAUCCUGUCAACAAAGCUCUAACCUUACUGCAUCAAUACAGUAGUUUUCAAAUCAGUGACUAAACAGGUAAGACUUUGAGGUAGAUGCACUGACGUGUUCUCCAAGCAGGACUCCAGCGAACCUUUCUGAAGCACAACAGAACCUCCGCUGUAGACCGUAGGCCUGUGUGCCCAGCUGGGUUGAGUGCAGUUGGCAGGGCCUGUCACGGUUAAAGAACCCAUGCUGGGAAGCCACAUGCAUAGAGAACUCUAGUUCUGAUCACUUCUAAGAAUGUGCAAACUCACAAAAAUAAACCAGGACAAAACACCAGCCAUCCUGGUGGACUGCUGCUCUCUGGUGGAUGGAAUUCCUAACUGAACUGACCCUCGGUUUGGCCUAGAUGCUGCUGGUGACUGAAGGAGGCAGCACAGGGUCGUUUUUGUCACAUGAGCCAUUUUUCUUCCUCUUCCAGAAAGUAUGCUUCUGUGUUAAUUAUACUCUGAGAGAAUUACAAAGUCUGAUCCCAUUUCUAAGGGCUCUUUCUCAACCUUAUAAACAUCAUUAUUCACCAGCUACCACUUUUUUUAAAUCACUAUUUUUAUUUUUUAUGAUUAUUUUUCAUUUUGUGUUUUUUUGAGCUGUGCGUUGAAACUACCUCAGAAAUAGCAGCAUGUCAUGCUGUGUGUCAUAGAAUGACACUGAGCGAGAAGAGGCAUUGUUAGCCAGGUAGGUAUAUUAAUGUUCUAUCCGGGCAGUGUCUAAAGUAGAGCACUAGAAAUCUCUAGAGGCUUCUAGCAAUAUCUAUAAGUGAGGAAACACUUGGGGAAAUUAGAUGCCUGAUAUUUUUGUUCAUUUAUCUUUUUACUUUUUUUAAUUUAGUGCUAGAGAUUAAAGCCAAUGCCUCUUGCAUGCUAAGCAGAUCGGUCUUUGAACCAUAACCCAGUUCCCUAAACUCCCAGCCAGCUUUGCUACAUCCCAAUCUCCUAUAACAGAACAAAGUGAUAAAUACCUAAUAUUGUAUUCAGACUAAUAAUUUAUUAAGUUUUUAAGACAAAUAUGAAUGAGUCUUAAAGUUUGACAAUUAUAAAUAGAUAACUAAAUAUAUAGAAGAAAUUAUCUUGUUGGUUAGAGAAAAAGAACAUCAAGCUAUACUAAAUAAAUGUAUUAAUUAAAUCCUAUCCUAUAGUUCUAAUAUUUUUAGAACUAGUAAGGAUGAUUCUAAAUUUUGCUUGGGAAAUUAAAAAUGAAAUAUAAAAUACAUGUUAGCUAUGAUGGAAAAAUAAAACUAAAUCAUUUGUAAAGAUUAAAAGAGUAUUCUAAAUUUAAUUACACUGGGACAGUAGAACAUUCUGAAUUAGCCUCUGAUUUUAUAAGAUUAGGUAAAAAUUGCAUCUCAUAAGAGGAAGGGAAAUAAACUUCAAUAAACUAUUAACAACAUGAAACUAAACUUAUGCAUAAAAUAAAAAUAGUAGAGGCUAAGACAAAUGACAAAUAAUGAUCUAGAGGAGCCAUCACACUCACAUCCAUGACAAAGAGCUACUUUCCCUAUUUUUGAAAGAACCAAUACAAGCUGAUAAAAAGAGAUCAACAACCCAAAAAUAAACAAGUGGUACUGCUAUGGCUUGACUGUAUCUCCCCAAGGUAAAUGAUCUGUAACCUCUGAAUUGUCUCACAGACUUCAUCUUUGAAUUUGUAUGUUAGCAGUGUCUGGAGUUGGGGCCUCUGUGGGAUCCUUCGGAUUAGAUGUGCUCACAAGCACAAGACCCCAUGAAGAGGGAGAGAGGCCGCAGCCUGCAGCUUGCUGUCUUGACAUGAUAGGUAGGUGAUAGACAGACAGAUGAUAGACACACUGACAGAUGAUAGACAGAU